CAUGGAUAACAUGGCGAGAUGGCAAAAAGCUUCGUAGCUGAACGAAUAAGCGAAAGCUGAAAUUCUGUAGAAACUUUGUAUGAGAAUUUCUUGUUUAUGGUUUCUUCUCUCUUCAGAAUCAGUGAAUAGUCAUUGAAGGGAUUAAUCUCAGAAAUUGCGAUGAACCCCAGUCACCAUUUCUGCCCCACAAGCUCCUUCUGCAAAUUCUAUGGAACCAGUCCUCUCCAGUUCUUAAGGUACAAUUCAUCAAUUCCACUCAGACCCUGUAACGGUGUUUACGGUUGUAUGUCUAACGAUCAAAGUCAGAGGAAGUUAAAUUUUUCUCCUGUGAAGAAAGUGCAAGGAUUAUCAGCCAGUGGUAAUAAUGGUAGCUCUGGGGAUGGUGAUGGUGAUGGUGAUUGGUUAGAUAAUUGGAACAGAACCCAGAAACGUAAUCAGCGAAAGCCUACUAAGGUUGUGUUAGAUUAUCGAAAAGGUAGAAACUUUUCGGGUUUAGGGGUCACGAAUGGUGAUAGUAACAGUCGUAGUAGUGAUGAUGGUGGAAGUAGUACAAUGGAGAAGAUUGUGGAGAAGUUGAAGAAAUUCGGAUACAUGGAAGACAGUGUCAAGGAUAGGGAGCCCCAACAUGAGAAAACGGUCGAGAAAGGAUCGGUGGAGGACAUAUUCUACGUCGAUGAAGGAAUGUUGCCGAGUGGGAGAAGCGGAUUCUCAGAGGAAUCACCGUUGGGUGUAGAAAAUGUCUUAGGAAGAAAUGGAGAGGUAAGCUUUCCUUGGGAGAAGGUAAGUUCUAAGGAGAAGGAUAGAGAAGGAGAGUGGACGGCAAGGAAGGAGAGUCGGUACUCGCUGGCGGAUAUGACUCUUCCAGAGUCAGAACUGAGGAGGUUGAGGAAUUUGACAUUUCAAACGAAGAGCAGAACUAGGAUUAAGGGGGCAGGAGUGACUCAGGCCGUGGUGGAUGCCAUUCACGAGAAGUGGAAGAGCUCGGAGAUUGUGAGGUUGAGAGUUGAAGGAGCAUGUGCACUUAACAUGAGAAGGAUGCAUGAGAUUUUGGAGAGAAAGACGGGUGGUUUGGUGAUUUGGAGGUCUGGCACUUCUAUCUCAUUGUACCGAGGUGUCAGUUAUGAGGUUCAAUCAGUGAAACUAAACAAACGAAUAUACAAAAGAGAAGAUGAUGCAUCCUCCUCAGCCAGACAAGGAGACAGUCGUCCUUCCUUACCAACAAAUUCAACGAAUAGCACUGAUAAACAAGUGCAUCCUCCUCAACCAGACAAGGAGACAACCAUUGCGAGGAAGAAAGACGAGGCAUCUCAACCGGAAGUAGAUUACGAAGUUGAAGUAGAUAAACUGUUAGCAGGUCUUGGCCCUAGGUACAUGGACUGGCAGGGAAGUAAUCCAUUACCUGUAGAUGCUGAUAUGCUUCCAGGGGUCAUUCCUGGUUACAAGCCCCCUUUCAGGGUACUUCCUUAUGGAGUGAGGGCAAGUCUAGGACAAAAUGAGGGAACAUCUUUGAGAAGGCUUGCCAGAGUUAUCCCUCCACACUUUGCUUUAGGCCGAAGUAGACAACUUCAUGGUUUGGCUACGGCCAUGGUUAAGUUAUGGGCGAAGAGUUCUAUUGCUAAGGUUGCCCUUAAACGUGGUGUACAGUUGACGACCAGUGAGAGAAUGGCUGAAGAUCUCAAGAGGUUGACAGGAGGUAUGCUGCUCUCUAGCAACAAAGACUUCUUGGUGUUCUACAGGGGAAAGGAUUUUUUGUCACGAGAAGUAGCUGAAGCGUUACAGGAGAAGGAGAGACUUGCAAAAUCUUUGCAGGAUGAAGAGGAAGAGGCGCGUUUAAGAGCAUCAUCGGGUCUGAUUGCCCCACGUGUAGAACCUAAUCAAGAACCUGUUGCUGCCGGUACUCUUGGGGAAACUCUCGAUGCGACGGGAAAGUGGGGAAAGGAUCUGGACAACGAUGAUCAUGUGGAGGAAGUGAAGCAAGAGGUUGAAAAGAUGAGGCAUGCAAACCUUGUCAGGAAGCUGGAAAGGAAACUUGCUUUUGGUGAGAGAAGGUUGUUGAAAGCUGAACGGGAACUGGCUAAGGUGGAGGCAUUUCUAAAGCCAGCAGAGAAUAGAGCAGACCCAGGAAGCAUAACGGAUGAAGAGAGAUUUAUGUUCCGCAAACUUGGGUUGAGAAUGAAAGCUUACUUACUCCUAGGUCGUCGAGGGGUGUUUGAUGGUACGGUGGAGAACAUGCACUUACACUGGAAAUAUCGGGAGCUGGUGAAAAUUCUUGUGAAGGCUAAAAGCUUUGACCAUGUGAAGAAAAUAGCAUUAGCCCUUGAAGCUGAGAGUGGUGGUAUCCUGGUUUCUAUUGACAAGGUCUCCAAAGGCUAUGUCAUUCUUGUAUACAGAGGAAAAGACUAUAAGCGACCAUCCACAUUGAGGCCGAGAAACCUUCUGACAAAGAGGAAGGCUUUGGCUCGUUCCAUUGAGCUCCAAAGACGAGAGGGUAUUAUAAAAUACAUCUCGGCCUUGCAUUCAAGAGCAGAGCAGCUGAGAGCGGAAAUCAGACAAAUGGACGUUGUGAAAGAGAAGGGAGACAAAGAAUUAUACGACAAACUAGACUUGGAUUAUCCAUCCGGCGAUGAAGAUGCAGAAGAAACAGACGAGGAAGACGACGACAACGACAACGAUGCAUAUCUAGAGACAUAUGACAGCGAGAAUGACGGGGGAGAAGAUAACGGAGAAGAAGAUGAAAUUGUGGCACAUAGGCUUCACUCAGAGACAGAUUUUGCUUCAGACAAUGAACAAUGGGACUCAGAUGAAUCAGAAACCGAACUUGUUCAUACUUCUAUCAAUGUGGCCUAACGUAAUGAAGAGCAGCUUUGAAUCAAACAUUUGCUUGAGUCAUAUGACCAUGUACCCUUGUCACCAAGUUGUAAUUUACAUUCAAGCAAGAACAGGAGACAUCUAAAAUCCAAAUGAAGAACUUUUUGAAACA